CUUGCCUGGGAUUAAGUGGGAUCGGGAGGGAUUACAGCCCUCCCUCUCUCUCUCUCUCUCGUUCAGCUCGAUGAAAGCGUAGCGCUCUGUCUGCUCUCCUGGGAAUAUUUUCCCAUCAUAUAAACAUUUACCUGCUGCUGUGCUGGAGCUGACACCGGCACGAGGAGGGUGACGGCGCGAGGAGUCUUCGAGGCUGCAGGUGUAGCGGUUACUGCCCGUCCUGGUGAGCAGCAGCAGGUGGUCAGGGUCAAAGGUCAAGCUUUCUGUAACCAUGAGGCAGGCGGUGGAGGCUCAGGUGUUAAAUCCGCACUGUGAGUUGGGAGAACACGGUUUGCGUCAGAUCCUCUCUGACGUCAUAGAGGAGGUGAGGCAGUCUGUGAGUCAGGACAUCGACGGAGCAGAGAUCCUCCACAGUCUGCUCAAUGCCGCCUGGCUGCAGUCACUUCUCAAGGUUUAUGAGUGUUUGCAAAGAUAUCUAAGAGAUUCUCCUGCACCAGCUCUGGAUUACUCUUCGGGACUCUCGCUUGAGUUGCUGAUUGAUAUCAGGUCCUUACCAAGUUGCUCUGAAGAGGCCAAAGAGCUGUACCAUCUUCUGCGACAGCCACACCUGCAGGCCCUUCUUUCGGCUCAUGAUACAAUAGCCCUGAAGGACUAUGAGCCGGUGUUGCCCCCAAUGCCAGAAGACCUGCCGGACGAUGAGGAGGCCACCCGGAUCGUCUGCCUGGUGAAGAAUAAACAGCCACUGGGAGCAACUAUAAAAAGAAAUGAGAUCACAGGAGAGAUUUUUAUAGCUCGGGUGAUUCACGGAGGGCUUGCGGAUCGCAGUGGUCUACUCCAUGCAGGGGACCGGAUCAUAGAGGUGAACGGUUUUCCUGUGGACGGGAUGGAGCCUGAACAAGUUAUCCAAGUUGUGCAAGCUCGGUCGCAUGGCACCAUUAUGUUUAAAGUCAUUCCCAUCACAGAAAGGCCGGUCCACAACCAGACCAUGCUAUACGUACGGGCCAUGACUGACUACAGCCCUCAGCAGGACCCGGCCAUCCCUUGCGCCGAUGCCGGCAUGAGCUUCAGAAGAGGCGACAUCCUGGAAAUUGUGGACCAGACAGAUGCCCUCUGGUGGCAGGCAAAGAAACUACCCAGCAGCACAGCAUGUGCUGGCCUCAUCCCCUCCACCAACCUCCUCAAACGGAAGCAGAGGGAGCUCUGGUGGUCACAGCCUUACCAGCCACACACCUGCAUUCAGACCUUGAGCACUGUAGAGGAAGAGGAAGACUUAAUAGCCAUUGAUGACAAAUGUGUGGAAGCAGACGAGGAGGCAUUUGAUUCUGAGGAGCUCAGAGAAGAGGAGGAUGACUUUAGAAGCAACGUUGAAGGAAUAUAUUUAGCGGGCUUUAGGCGCAGCAUGCGUCUGUGUCGGCGGCGGGCUCACAGCACCACCCAGCCGUCCUGCAACACCCGUUGCCCCAACAGCUGCUACAGUGCCCUCAACAGUCCAUAUGAGGAGGUGGUUCGUUACCAGCGCCACCCGGCGGAUAUACACCGCCUCAUUGUCCUCUUAGGUCCAUCUGGUGUAGGUGUGAAUGAACUUCGAAGGCGUUUGGUUGAGAUGAACCCAAACAUCUUCCAGGGACCAGUGCCAUACACUACAAGAGCACCCAGAGGAUAUGAGGAAUCGGGCAGAGAAUAUUUCUUCGUCAGCCGAGAAGUCUUUGAGAACAUGGUUUAUCACAACAGGUUUCUGGAGUACGGCGAGCACAAAGGGAACAUGUACGGCACCAGCAUCGAGUCUGCAAAGAAGGUUUUAAACAGCGGCAAGAUCUGCGUCAUCGACAUUGAGCCAAACGCCCUCCAGGCAGUGAGGACACACGAACUGAGGGCCUUCGUCAUCUAUGUUAAGCCUCCGACUCUGGAGCGCCUCAGGGAGACGAGACAGGACUCGUACAUCACCACCAACUACUACGUCAACCGGCCAUUCAAAGAUGAAGACUUCCAGGAGAUUGAGGAAGCAGCACGGAAGAUUGAGUCAAACUACUGGCAGUUCUUUGAUCAUGUGAUCAUCAAUGAUGAGCUGCAGGACUCCUGCGUUGAGCUGCUGACAGCAGUGAUGAGGGCACAGGACGAGCCACAGUGGGUCCAUGCCAGCUGGAUUCGACCCACGUCAGAGUCCUAGGAGCAAAGUAGAGGAGAGGACGUCGGGUCAAAGCAGUGAUUUUUUUUUUCUUUUUUUACUGUACAGUUUUAAAACAUGAAAUUGUGACAUGUAAAUUCAGUGAUUGCUUUUCUAAAUAUACUCGUGUGUGUGUUUGUGUGUGUGUGUGUGUCGCAUGUGAGCUGGACUUUAAGUCUCUUCAAAUCCCCAAAGAUGAAAUGAAGCUGGAUCCAAGCUCAAAGAAAUUCCUGAAUUUGUGUCCGUUUGUCACAGUUUUGUUUUUUUAUUUUUUCAGUCAGCAGGAACAUAUUUAGCACCUCUUCAACUAAAGACGCCUGCAGGACCUAAAUUCAAACACAACUGCCUCUUUUCCUGCCCUCCUCCCUAUUCUUGUACACAGACCUCCAAUAAAAGAAACGUAUAUCUAAAGCAUGUUUGUCCCCUUUGGCCAUAAAUGAUUUCUUGAUCCAUUCCAGCCUAAAAUGACACAUUCUCAUGUCAAAUGGUGGGUAAAAUGAACAAUUAAC